CCCCCAGUCGUCGCGACACAAUAAACAUACCAUGUUAGUAAUGCAUUAAUUCUCAACCAACCAAGGGCAGAGGAAAGGCUGGUCGUGAAUUGUAUCAAGAUGUCUGCAACUGAAGAGAAAUCGCCUGUGGAUGUCGAGAAGAAUAGUGCACCUAAUAAACACAUCGACUCGCAAAUUAUCAAGCACUCCCACGAUGCCGAUGAAGCUCUGAAAGCCUUUCAAGGCAUCGAGGGCCAAGUUAUUACCGUCGAUGAAGCGACCAAUCGGCGACUACUGAGGACCAUCGAUUGGCAUCUGAUGCCGAUUAUGUGCCUUGUGUAUGGCAUGAAUUAUUUGGAUAAAACAACCAUAUCGUACGCGAGUAUUAUGGGCCUAAAAACCGAUCUGAAACUUGUCGGAAAUGACUACCAGUGGCUGGGCAGCAUGUUCUAUUUUGGUUAUUUGGGCUGGGAAUUUCCUACCACCCAACUCCUCCAGCGGCUGCCCCUAGGAAAGUACUCUGCGAUUUGUAUUAUUCUAUGGGGGUUUAUUCUGGCGUGCUUUGCGGGGGUCUCGAAUUUCGGGGGUGCGGUAGCCAUUCGAUUUCUCCUCGGCGUUUUUGAAGCUGCAGUUACGCCUGGAUUUGCUCUCCUGACCUCGCAGUGGUGGACGAAGAAGGAACAGGGCCAGCGUACGGGAAUCUGGUUCAGUUUCAACGGCGUGGGCCAAAUUGUCGGGGGACUGAUCGCAUACGGCAUCGCUGUCGGAACGCGUGAAAACGGCUCCUCAAUCGCACCGUGGAAGAUUAUCUUUCUCGUAACUGGAUUAUUGACCAUCUGCCUCGGAUUCUGCUUCCUCUAUCUGAUCCCGGACAACCAACUGAAUGCACGGUGGUUGUCCCAAGACGACCGGAUUCUGGCAGUCGAGCGAGUCCGCAUCAAUCAGCAAGGAAUCGGAAAUAAACAUUUCAAAUUUUACCAAUUCAAGGAAACAUUGCUAGACCCGAUGACGUGGGGGUUUGUUUUUUAUGCUCUGGUUGCUGAUAUCCCGAACGGCGGGAUCAGCAAUUUCUUCAGUCAAUUGAUUGUCAGUUUCGGCUACACCCCAGAGCAGAGUUUACUCUACGGCACACCUGGUGGCGGUGUCGAAGUGAUUGCGCUGAUCGUAAAUGGCUUUCUGGGGGACUAUACCGGCCAGCGUAUCCUCUGCAGCAUGGGCGGCCUAGUGUGUUCCAUUGUCGGCAUGGUCCUCAUCAUCGCCCUGCCAUUGACCAACAAGGUUGGCAGAUUGCUCGGCUACUACAUGACACAAGCAAGCCCAACACCCUUCGUCGCGAUCCUAUCCCUUAUUUCGUCCAACGUCGCGGGAUACACCAAGAAAACAACCGUUGCCGCUCUCUAUCUUAUUGCAUACUGCGUAGGAAAUAUCAUCGGCCCCCAGGUAUUCCGGCCAGGCGACGCCCCGCGCUACGUCCCAGCUGAAAUCACCAUUGUGGUAUGCUAUGGGGUCGCUCUUAUUGAUCUGGCGUUUAUAUGGUGGUGGUAUCAAAGACAGAAUAAAAAGAAAGCAAUGAUCAGGGCGAGUGCGGAGUAUGUGAGGAUGGAGAAUCAAGAGUGGCUUGAUUUGACGGAUAGGGAGAACCAUGAGUUUGUUUAUACGCUUUGAUUUGAUUCUAUGAGAUUGUGAUGAAUGUGAUGAAUAAUUAGCAAGAUUUGAAUUGGUGAAGGCUUCUCUGAUAUUCCGAACAAUGUUUUCAAUUUAAUGACAGUAACGUUAAACAAGCACAUUGCUUCUAUUUA